AUGGUUGGAUUACAGAGUCUAAACUUGGGUGCUGAUAUCUUCACCAACUUUAAAUUAAAUAAAUCAAAAGAAUCUAAAAAAGCAGGAGAUGACGUAGAGUUCGAUUUUAUGGAAGGCAUGGGCCAUCCAAAUCAAGUCGCGAGCUCUAGUCACGGUUACUCGACUCCAGUAGUUGAACAUGAGCUUCGUAAAGCUGGUAUAUUGACUAGUGAUGAGAAAGACAAGGGUUCCAUUAUUGAAACGGGUACUGAACUUGGCCCAAAUACAGACGAUUCCGCCGAUGAAGAAUGGGUAAUGGAACAUGAUGAUAACAUACCAGAUGGUGGUUGGGAAGCUUGGCUUGUAGUAUUCGGCUCAUUCGUCGGUUUAAUUCCUGUUUAUGGUAUCUUUAACUCAUUAGGUGCUUUGGAAUCCUAUAUUAAAUCGCAUCAAUUGGCAGACGUAGAAUUAUCAACAACUUCAUGGAUUUUUUCCAUUUUCUUGGCAGUGACAUGUUUUGGAACAAUUUUAACAGGAAGCUAUUUCGAUAGAAAUGGUGGAUUUUACCCACAUAUUAUUGGUUCUAUUCUAUUCUUAAGUGGACUAGUGGCAACUGCAAAUUGUACAACUGUUUGGCAAUUUAUGCUAGCAUUCUCUGUCACUUGCGGGCUAGGUUCAGGUUUCUUGAUUACUCCAUUAGUGGGAAGUGUCGCUACCUGGUUCUUAAGGAAAAGAGGCAUUGCAACCUGUAUUGCCACUAUAGGUGGUUCUGUUGGUGGUGUCAUCUUCCCAAUCAUGCUAAGAAAAUUGUAUGGUGAAGUAGGAUUCGAAUGGGCAAUUAGAAUUUUUGCAUUAAUAUGUGGUUGCUGUCUAGUCUGUUCAUCAUUUUUGGCUCGUGAAAGAGAAAAGCCAGUAACCGAGCCAUUCAGUUCUAAAAAGGAAAUGAUUGUAUGGUACCUAACCUCUUCUUUGAAUUGGAGAUAUUUUUUGGAACCUAGAUUUCUCUUCACUGCAUUGGCAAGUGCCUUUGCUGAAAAUUCUCUUACUGCGACAUCUACAUAUUUGGCAUCUUACGCAAUCUUUAAAGGAAAUUCAGAAAGCACUUCAUACACUCUGUUAACAGCAAUCAAUGCAAUUGGCAUCCUUGGUAGAUACAUUCCAGGAUACUUAGCUGACAGAUGGGUAGGAAGAUUCAACAUUGCAAUUAUUACAAUUUUUAUUGCAGCAUUUGUCAACUUAAUUAUUUGGCUACCUUUUGGUGGUAACUCUAAGGGUCUAUGGGCAUACACCAUCAUUUAUGGAUUCUUCUCAGGUACGGUAUUGUCCUUGGCACCACCAUGCGUUGGUCAAAUUUCUAGAACUAGUGACUUCGGUAGAAGAUUUUCUACUGUCUGGUUUACUGAAGGUUUGAUGACUAUUCCAGUUAUUCCAAUUUGUGGUGCAAUUAUCGGUGAAGAAAGUGACAGAAGCUACAAUAACUUUAUUAUCUUUAGUUCAAUGCUAAUGAUUGCAGCCGGUGUGUUUUACUCUCUAGCCCGUUACACUUGUGUAGGAUUUAGGAUGGUUAAAUUUUAA